AUGUAUGUAGACCAGAAACCUAUGACAAUAGUGAUCAUAUCCAGAAGGGAAUUGUUUCUAACACUGGCCACUGCAGAGAACAAGCAGCUACAUUCACGAGGGUGGAGGUGCAUAGCGGUUCCUCCACAUCGUUUUGGUAUGACAACUGGUCUCCUCUGGGUAAACUUAUCAAUCUGGUCGGCGCUCGUGGAUGCAUCGACUUGGGGAUACCAAUUAGCUCGACGGUGGAAAGAGUCCUCGCUACUCACAACGCCGUCGACACCGAGUGGACAUUUUAAACGGGAUAGAAGAGGCUAUUGA